AUGCGACGCAGUAUCGAUCGUCACCCUGAGCGCAUCAAGAGUGUUUUGACAGACAACGAGCUUCGCAAGUCGUUUCUGAAGGGCGUGUCGAAAGACGAGAAGAAGGUCGUAAGAGCUUUCUUCGCGUCGAACUCCGACAACGCCCUCAAGACCAAACCCAAAGGCUACGAAGCUGAUCAUCCAGAAAUCGAACUGCUUCGGCUUCGAAACUACACGCUGGGAACAAAAAUGAAGCAGGCGGAUCUGCUUGGUGAGCAGGGCUUGGAGCAUGUGGCGAAGCUGCUUGCUACACUCAAGCCAAUGAUUACAUUUCUCAACUCGGUUGUUAUGCCCGAUGAGGAGGAAAGCGAGGAAGACGAGCAGGCGUCCGACGAAAGUGAGCAGGACGAUGUAGAUGCAUGA